AAUUUAAACAACUGGUAGUGGUGGUAGUUAAAUUUGGAACUUAACCACAUCAUUGCCUUGGUCCUCUGUGCUGUUUUCCUUUCCUGUCUUGAAGGACCAAAACACAGUGUCUAUCUCUCAUCAUUACUUUGUUAUAUCUUAGGUUUCAAUCAUAUUCACAUGUUACUCUACUUCAUCCAAUUUACUUGGUUUUGAGCUUCAAAAUUUGUUUGCACUCACAAAAGUCGCUGUUCUUUCGGGUUUCGUAUUCAUGAUGGACCUGCAAUAUUUGGUAAAAACUGGUUUCGAUUUCACUCGUAAAAGAAAGAAGUUGGUUCUUCUAUUCCCUGCUUUCGGCUUCACCGGUUAUAGUCUCUACUCGGUUUAUCAUCUACCUUCAGUAGCUCGCAAGCGAGAGAGAGUUUCAAAGCUUUUUUCAGCUUUGCUUUCUGUAGCUGAAGCUGUCUCUGACUCCGCUGAGUCAGUUGGGGUUGUUUCCAAAGAUCUCAAACAGUUUCUUCAAUCCAAUUCCGACCAAAUUCCCAAUAGUUUGAAGCAGAUAUCGAAAAUCACAAGGUCCAACGAGUUCUCCGACUCUUUGACACGGCUCACACAGGCUUUAACUAUUGGAAUUUUUCGGGGUUAUAGAUCUGUGAGUAGCUCUGAUGGUGGUGCUAAUUCAGGUUUUUCUGACCAAGUUAUGGACAAGCUUUUUACUACAGCUGGGUCUGGGUUUGCUUCUGUUGUUGUGGGAAGCUUCGCUAGGAACGUGGUCAUGGCGUUUUUUUCAGAUGGGCAGUCUAGUGAAGGAUCAAUUUCGAAGGGUUCGGAAAUGAAUCAGAUUCCACAAUGGGUCAACGUGGUUUGUGAUAAUAAGUGUAGAGAGCUAAUUGGUGAUUGUAUCCAAAUGUUUGUGAGCACAGCGGUUGCUGUUUAUCUUGACAAGACCAUGGAUAUGGACUUCUAUGAUGAAUUUUUAUCUGGGUUGACUAACCCCAAGCAUGAAGUUCAAGUGAGAGACAUGUUGGUUUCAGUUUGUAAUGGUGCAGUUGAAACUCUUGUGAAAACAUCUCACCAAGUGUUGACAAGUUCGAAUUCGAAUUCAAGUCCAAGUCCUCGUUUUUUGGAAAUUGAAGAAGGCUUAAGUCCGGGUAAAAAUUGGGAUUUGGGGCUUAAAUCAAGAAAGUUAUUUGCUGAGAAGAAAGAUAAUGGGUGGGUUGGUAAAGUGUCAACCACUUUGGCAGUGCCAAAGAAUAGAAGAUUUGUUCUUGAUGUUACUGGGAGGGUUACUUUUGAAACUGUCAGAUCUUUCCUGGAGGUUUUGUUGGAGAAGCUAUAUGAAGCUGUGAAAAAAUGUGUUAAUGUUGUUCAUGAGGAAAUUAUUGACAGGGGUCUUGAAGUUGUGAGAUUUGCUUCUGCGAAGUCCUCUCUUGUUGUUACCAUGUGUCUCUCUUUGUGUCUGCAGAUACUGGAUGGUGUUUGGAUUUUAGUGCCAGCUUAAGUUGAGGAUACUUUCAUUCAGUAAGUUCAUAUGAUUGGAUUCCCACAAAUUCUUGAUUGGAGGAUGCAGUUAUGUUUGUUAUUUCUUUGUGUAUCUUAAUUCAAAUAUUUAUUUGUCUUCAAAAUUGAAAAGGUUACUCUGGCAUAUUGAAUGAUGCUUGUCCCUUGUCAUUUUGACAUCAUAGAAAAUUCAUGGGUUUUGGACAACACCUGCAUAGUUAAAGCAAUUGUCUUUAUUGGGUACUUUCAUGAGAUCAAAACAUCUGAAAAAUUUGGAACAUACAUAUUGAUAUGGUAUGGAGAGGAACUCCUUGUUCAUUGGACAGUCGUUUGAAGAUGUUUCGUUAUUUGAAAGUGGGAAGAGACAACUGUCCAUAAUUGAAGUUUGUUUGGUAGCUAUAAUAUGGUGAUUUACCGGAAAUCCUUCCGAUUCUACAACCAAGAGAGCAUCAUGGCCUCCUGGUGAUUCAUGGUGAACUUGCUGCACCUACAUACAGUAAGAGAAUUUGGCAAUCGCUGGUUAUCAAACUCUGAACUGCAUAGUCACCUUGCCUUUGAAUGUUAUUUGAUAAAUAAAUUGUCUUUAAAUGUAAAACAAUACGUUUACUUGUUUGAUUCAUAUGUAUUCCUCCAACUUCUGUUGUGAUUUAGAAAGUCAAUCUUAGAAUACAGAUAAAUCAAUAGAUUCUUGGUA